ACUGGGAAUCGAUUCGAGGAAGUCAUUUUGCAAGACUCCAGUGAAAAUUGGAAUUAGCAGCAAUGUUUCAAGUUCUGUUUCUAGCAGAUGCAGAUAGGGAUAGCGUUCAGAAAAACAACGUUAUUUUUGAGUCAUCAUCUUGGUUUAGCCACGAUGUACUUGUCAGCUGCUUCAAGGAUAGAGAGAAAGUUUGUAUCGCAUAUGGACUCUGCCUUCUGUCUGCAUUUGUGUCAGUCGUCGCAUGCUUACUCCUGACAUACCAAAGAUGCUAUUUGAGAAAGCAAAUUACAGCCGACGCUGCCAUCUGCGCCGUCUAUUGUGUCCUUGGCCAUUUGUGCCACAGUGUUGGAGCGUUUCUUUCCAAGCAGUUAUCCUUUCAGGUCAUAAUGGGUGCAUUUUGGGCAGUGUUGGAUUUGAUUACUUUCUUCGCCGUCUUGCUCCCCAUGUGCUUGUUUUUUCACUCGGAAAAGGGAAGGAGGAUGAGGAGGAUGAAGAGGAGGAGGAGACAGAACCUGUUGAGUGUGUGUCUCCUGUUAACGGUGGUCGGAGGGGGAAUUCACCUGACAGCCAGGAGUCAUGCCCACCCUGUAGACACCUAUGGUCCUUACAGGAGACGACUUUUAGGUGCCAUUGUUCAUGACAGUUUGGAGCUCCUGGGUUACAUACUUGGUCUGCUGAGUUUUGUGAUUAGCUGGACGUCCCGUUUUCCAGCUAUUGUGAUCGUUUACAAUAGAAAGCAAAGAGGAACAGUUCAGUCCAUGGCUGGGAUUCUGUAUGCUGUGGCUGGUGGCCUUUACACAGCUGCCAUCUUGAUCCAUGACACAAGACUUUCAUUUGUUGUCAAAGCCUUGCCAUGGAUUAUGUCCUCAACAUGUUGGGGAGUCUUGGAAUUCCUUAUCCUGGCCCUGUCCCUUAGCAGAAGGAGAUCUGUCCGUCAUCAGACGGUGAGAUCUCUCAGCUCAGACACUGUGGCCUUGUUGGCUAGUGGCAGCCACACAGGGAAGGGGGCCAGGAAACGCAAGCUCCAGGACAAAGAAGAUGCACCUCCUUUUUACCCAACAACUAACUGUACUCUACCUAUGAGGACUGAGAUGGGACACUAUAUGGAUGUUAACAUUCAGCCUGUACGUAAGGUGUGUCUGAAGGAAGUGAGGGUGUCACGUGAGGGUCAGUGUGGGAGUGAGCCACUGAAGAGGACGGUAAAAGUGGUCAGGGUCGAUGACGCCUGUUCCUCAGGCAGCUCUUCAGACUCCUCCUCAUUCUACUCUGACGACCUAGAGGUUAGCAGCCAUUUCCUCACCAGGCAGUUGCAGGCAACGUGGGAUUUUGAGGAGGCAGCUUCUACGCAGUGGUGCAAGGUUUCAAAGGAGCAGGACUGCAUGGAGGCUUUUCCUCUGCAGCCGUGGACAGUGAAGCCAACCCUGACCGCCAACACCCAACCAGGCACUCCCUUCUGCUCUUAUGACAAGGGUCUGACCAUAAAGAUGGCUGCUGACGAACUGACAGACUGUGAGAAGACUGAGUCAUGCUCUGGGAAAUAACUGGAGAGCCCUUGCCGACCAACACCGCAAUUUACAAGCAUGGGCUACAACUAACAACAGUAGAAAACAACCUUGCCAUGUUGUCAUAGGAUUACAUUAUAUAAUAAAACCGAUCAUAAUGAUUUA